AUGGAGCUACCAAACAAACCAACCAGCCAGCCAGCAGAAGGACCACGGAAUGCAGGAAGCACAGGCAGGAAGCAGAGACUGCCCCCUGGAGAACACAAGCACUGUGAUAAAUGCUUCAACCGGUAUUGCCAAGCUCCGGUGGUGCCGGCCGCCUCUUGCUUGGUGAUCAGCUGUCGCGCCCACUGCGGCGCAGCCUUCCACAUGUGCAAAGAGGAGGAGCAUCGGCUCAUGUGCCCUCUCGAGCAAGUCCCCUGCCUCAACUCCUUCUACGGCUGCCCUUUCACCAUGGCCCGUUUUAAAGUGGCCAAGCAUCUGCAGACCUGCCCCGCUAGCGUUGUCUGCUGUUCUAUGGAGUGGAAUCGUUGGCCGACCGAGGACUCUGUCGACGUUCUGCAUAAAAACGUCAUGAAGGAGAAACCCGGCCCUGAAUGCUUGGAUGUAGCCCUGGCUCUGAGAGAUCAGAAGGCUCUCUUUGGUGUCCUGAAAAUGGCUAAACUUUUCCCAGAAUGCAGAGGUCCUUGUGCCGUGGAUGAGGGAGAAGACACGGGCGGUGAUGGAGAAGACGCUACCGGCAAGGGAGCAGGUCAGGCCGAAGCCAGUGAUGUUCCUCAGCUGAGCCAGGAAGAGCGUGAGAGUUUGGCCAAGGACAAAGAAGGGAUGGAUCUGGCCGGUUACAACGUCUGGGAAAACAUGUUUAGUAAAGAGCUGAAAGCGUGCAAAAUAACAGCCUCGUUGGCCAAUGACCGGACGAAAGAACAAGACAGUAGUUCCAGAAACGCGGGCCAGGCAUCCCAUGACAGCUCACAAAAAAAGGAACCGGAAGCAGCUAGUGGUGCUGGUGACAGUGACGUAACCCAACCGUCUCCUCCAGUUAACUUAGCAGCAGAAAGGACUGGCUUUGCCCCUUGGCAGGAAGGGGUUCUUGAGAGACUAAAGAAGGAGGUUCCGGUAGGGGACUAUAAUAUGUAUCUGGUCCACCAUGGGAGGAUGCUCAUCCAUUUUGGCCAGAUGGCCGCUUGCACUCCCAGAGAGAAGGACUUUGUCUACGGCAAGCUAGAAGCUCAGGAGGUGAAAACGGUGACCACCUUCCGAGUCCCUGUCAGCUACUGCGGCAAACGAGCUCGCCUCGGGGAUGUCAUGGCACACAAAAAGCCAACCAAGAAUGUAUCAGUGGAUACUUCAGAUAUGGGGAUCAACCCAGAGGAUCUUCCAAAAUGUGACACUGUCCAGAUGGCACUGCUGUGCGCCCUGGAGAAAGAGCUGAAAGGUCAUGAGAUCUCAGAAACGAAGAACACCGAUGCCCUAUAUGUGGAUUUCGGGACGCAGACGUACAGGUUUGCCGAGGAGCCUUUCUCCUCCACAGUGGUCCUAGCAGACAUCCUGGAUGCUAAAGACACACCAAGCCUGCACUUGCACCUGCACAGCGAGAGUGUGACCCGGAGGCAUAACAAAAGCAGCUCAGCUUUCUCCUUCUCUUGCAACCACUUUUUCCGGCGAGAUGAGUUUCCAUCACAUUUCAAGAACGUUCACGCCGAUAUCCAGUCCUGUCUGGACGGGUGGUUCCAGCGCCGCUGCCCGCUGGCCUACCUGGGGUGUCCAUUCGUCCAGCAUCCUUGGUGCCCCGCUGGGCAGAAGUCCUGUAUCAUCUACAGCCAGCCUCUCAAGACUUUAGCGCUGAAGCCCCAGGUUCACCCUGCCCUCUUGGAAAGAAAGCGGUGCGACUCGCUGAGGAACAAUCGAGGGAAGGAAACAGAUGUUCUGAGCAACCUCCCCCUGGAGAUCCUGCAGUACAUCGCUGGGUUUUUGGAUAGCUUCAGCUUGUCGCAGCUGGCUCAAGUGUCGGUGCUCAUGAGGGACAUCUGUGCCACUCUGCUGCAAGAACGAGGGAUGGUCUUCCUGCUGUGGGAAAAGAAGAGAUAUUCCCACGGGGGCACUUCGUGGAGAGUCCGCAGAAAGGUCUGGAAGUUUAGCAGUCUGUUCUCCACCAUUAAGAACUGGCGGUCCAGUGACGUCCCUUCCAUGGCUGUGCACUUGAAGACCUGCCCUUUUUACGAGGUGGAGCGCAAGGUGGACCCUGUCCAGCUGACUAGCAUGGUUUCAUCAGAGGAUCUGACGCAAGAAAGUUUGGUCUCCACGUUUAUGCGCAAAGCUGGCCAGAAAAAGCUGCAGAGCAGGCUGCGCUAAUGUCAA